AAGUUUUUUGUGAAGCUGAGACUCUGUAUUCCUGUGCGUCGGCUUAUUUGUGGAUUUUAAGGUCCCUUUGAGGCCCAGAGCAGGUGUGAGUGCUACAGGAGCACAUUUGCCCUCCAUUCAGCUUUUUAGGGGCAGAAGCAUGAUAAAGAGAAAUAAGAAACUAAAUUCCCAAGAUGGCUCAACAAAUGCUAUCACAAGUAACAAUGUCAACAAACCGGCCAAUAGCCUGGCUCUCUUCUCGCAACCGAAUACCCCAAACAGCUUUUCAUUGUUCUUGGAAAGUUGUGUGCCCCCUGUUGCAUUGAGGCAUUUUGGGAGUCUGCCGCUUUUAGGCCCCGUCUCCCUUCAGCUGGCACAGAUAAAGACUCAGUUGGCACUGCACCAGCUGAAUGCAAUUGCUGGCACAAGCGUCACUCCGCCUGCAAUUGCUUCCCCUGCUUUGACCUUGCUCAACUUGCUCAAGGUCACCAUGUCGCAUCCUUUAUAUAAUCCCCGCGGAGGGCCGUUCCCCAGUGGUCAGAGACCCGUUGUGCCUGGCCAGUAUGGUCUUGGGUCACAGCCUCGAAUGGAGCUGGGGGCAGCCCGUCUUGGCCCGGGUUCCAUAUCCGGUUCUCGCGGGGGAUUGAUGGUCAACCAGCCCUUCUCACUGGGACAGCGGCAGUCGCAGAUUUCCCCAGAUCUCGAAGCCGCCAUAGACCGGAACCUUCGGGGAGCCCGCGAGGAAGUUCGCCUUCUCACUCAAAUUCUCCAGCAACCCAAAAAAGCAGAUCCCCGCAUGAGAGAGGAUGCAAGGGAUGAAAAGCUUUCCUCCGGCAGUGGCUUUUCAGGGACUUCGCGAUCUGAUGAGGUGGACUGGUCCAUAUUCCAAGCCCCAGGCAAGCACUUUGCAUCUUCAAGUUUGGACCGUCCUUCCAGUUCUUCACAGCUGUUCCCAUCUGCAAGUUUUGUUGGAGGAUCAAGUGGUUUGGACAGCCAGCCUCCGCCGGAACAGCGGCCUUCACGCUACACCUCUGAAAGUGCCAGCAGCAUCCUAGCGAGUUUUGGACUCUCCAAUGAGGACCUAGAACUUCUGAGCCACUAUCCAGAUGAUCAGCUGACCCCCGACAACCUACCGUUUAUUUUACGAGACAUCCGAAUGCGUAAAGCGAAGAGGGACGUUGAUGCGAGAUCUGACUACAACAAAGUUAUUGACUAUGGACAUUCUAGUAAAUUUGACUAUCCUGAGGAGAGCCCGGAUGGCUAUGCAAGUGAACACCUGCCUAAAGAGUCACCAAAGUUUGUGAGGGAGGUCUCUGGACCACCCUUCAGUGGCAUGGACAUCACAAAGCAUCCUCAGACGUGUCAGCCAGCUCCAGGCCCUGUGCAAGUUCCAAAGCUUCAGAAACCUCCACCAGGAGAUCCAAGACCCUCCAAGACGAUUCAAACGAGACCAUCUGCAUCCCAGCCUAUUCUGCAGCCUUCCAGUCGACCUCCUCUACCUCUACAGAUACCGCCUCAACUUGGUGUUCUUCCUAUGAUGACCGUUGACGAUAUCUCCAGAGGUCUGAAUGCCAACUGGAUCCCGUUCCUUUCCCCUCCAAUCAGCGCGCCUGCCAUGAAGAGGCUUCCAACUCCGACCAUGAUGAACGAUUACUCAGCAGCUACACCAAGAAUCUUUCCUCAUACAUGCUCUCUAUGUAACAUUGAAUGUAUCCAGAUUAAGGACUGGCUUGAACAUCAGAAUACAAAUCUUCACAUUGAGAGUUGUAGACGUCUUCGGAAACAAUAUCCUGACUGGAAUGUUGAGGCUGUCUCUGUUUCAAGACCUGAGCCCAAAACUGAACACAGCAGCUCAAAGCGCCACACUCAAUCGCACUCAUACUCCAGAUCCCCCAGUCCGAAGCGCCACCAUGACUCCUCAAGCCGCCGUAAGCGAUCCCGUUCUCGCUCCCGCUCCCGUUCUCGCUCCCGAAGCCCUAGAAGAUACCGGCGUUCCAGAAGUCGCAGCCGGUCCCCUCAUAGGAAGUCUCGAGGCAGUCCUUACAGACGGAGGACCCGUAGUCCACCAUCUCAACGGUCAAGGUCUCCAGUUUACAGUAGGCGCUCUCCUGUACGCCGUUCGAGCCCCCGGCGGAGCAGCCCAUCCUGGCACCAGAGAUCUAGCAGUAGUGAACGAUUGGCCAUGAAACUCAUGUCAUCAAGUGAGUUUUCUUCAAUCGCAGACAGUAGUACUUUGAAGGCUGUUGUGAAAUCCUUGGCACCAGCCCUGCUGGCUGAGCUAGCAAAGAAGAAAAGUAGUUCCACUGCUUCCUCAUCAAAGGGCAGCAGUAGCAGCAGUAGCUGGAAACGGCCGCCCUCUCCUAAGAGAGCAGAGUACUCCAAGGCAAGCAGAACCCCUGUCUCAAAGUCCUCCAGCACUCCAAAGCCGAGACCCAAGGAUGCCCCUGGCACAUCCUGUUUGUUGAGGCUCAUUGGAAUUCCUUAUUGGACCACAAGCAAAGAACUGACUGAUGCCAUUGAGCCUUUUGGCAAGAUUUAUACUGCCAUCCUCCUCAAGGCAAUUAAUGAGGCCUCAGUGUGUAUGGAGAGAGAGGAGGAUGCCAAAGCUUUGCUCAACUGUAAGAACCUGACAAUUCAUGGGCAGGUUAUUAAAGUCUGCAUGGAGAAGGAUGCAAGAGAUGAUGAUGAUGGGAGAAAAUCUGUUAAGACCGAAAAACCUUAUAAGAAAAAAGAGGUGACCACAACAACAAAACCAAUCCAAUCAGCAAAAGUAAAGGGUGCAAACCCGGUUAAGGCACCUCAGACAGCAAAAGCAAAAGAGGUGACAGGUUCCAAGAUGUCUCACCUAACCAAGGGAAAACCAAGUGACCCCAACAAGACGUCUCAGGUACCAAAGGGAAAACCAAGUGACCCCAACAAGACGUCUCAGGUACCCAAGGGAAAACCAAGUGACCCCAACAAGACGUCUCAGGUACCCAAGGGAAAACCAAGCGACCCCAACAAGACGUCUCAGGUACCCAAGGGAAAACCAAGCGACCCCAACAAGACGUCUCAAGUAACCAAGGGAAAACUGAGCGACCCAAAAAAGACUGUUCAGACAGCUAAAGCUAAACCCCCUGCUAAGGGUUCAGAGACAGCCGUUGCAAAGAAAUUGGUAAAGAAGGAAAUACCCUGGCGAAAAAAUGUAGUUGAGAUUACAAAUCUUCCAGAGGAAGGGGUUACAGAGGAUGACCUCACCAACCUUGCUAAACCAUAUGGCUUCACUGCAACUCCUGUCAUAGCAAUCACUCAACAAAAGGCCUAUCUGCAGAUGCCCAACACAGAGGCAGUUGAAGCAAUGGUGAAGGCCUACUCUGAGACCCCAGCUAAAGUGCAAGACAAUGAGAUAACCGUUAAGAUGAUGAUGCAACCUAUUGACCUGAGUUACACUGAGUCAGUAUUCAGAGUGCUAAUGGGCAUGGAGAAAUCGCCUGAAAUCGUCACAUUGCCAGAACGCCUUCUCAUUGUUUGCAAUGUACCAAAAACACUUGGGGCAAUCAAGGAAGUAGAGAAUAUAAUUAAACGCUAUGGUGCCUUCAAGAAAGUUUUGCCUCUUAAUGGCAGGAUUAUUUUUGAAAUGGAGAAUGCUACUUCCGCUAGGACUAUCUUCACUCGCUUCCUGAAGUUUCGAUGUGUGGUCCAGAACAGUACCCUUAGCUUCCAACUAGCCAAACCAGUCAAGUUUAAAAAGAAGACUGAAGCAAAAGGAGCAAACCCUCCUGGUACAACAGCAGCGACAAUAAAAAAAACGAAUACCGUCAAAGCCCAAAAGGUAGUCGCUGCUGCAGCAGCUUCUGCUGCCUCUACUGCAGGUCCACCUGUCACAAAAGACAAAGCUACAAAAACUAAUGCUAGUACUGCAGCUAAAGAAGAUGAAAUUAUUGUUAUAAGCGAUAGUGAAGUAAGUUUGAAUGAAAGUGUUGGUGAUGAAAAGAUGAAUGCUGAUACAGCUGCAACUAAAGUUACCGCAGUUCCCAAAGACAUUAAAGUUGAUGGGUCUGCUAAUGCAGAAACAACUACUUCUGAGAAUAAAGCAGAGAAGGAUACCCAAGCUGUUAAUGAAACUGUCAUGGAGACCCCUGAAACUGAAUCUGUGAUAAAAGAGCAUGAAGCUGCAUCCUCAGUUCCCACGGCUGAAUCUAAGAUUGAGAAUAAGGAGCUUGAAGUUGAAUCCUCUAUUCCCUCUUCAGAAUCUGCUGUUUUGGUCCCUGCAGAAUCUGCUGUUACAGUUGAGUCUCCAAACACAGAGCAUGAAGUUGGAUCUCCAGUUCUUGCUUCAGAAUCUGGAAAAACAGAGCUUGAGGUUGCAUCGGCUGUUUCCGCUUCAGAACCUGCAAUUUUAGUGGAGUCUGCAGAAGCAGAGCAUGAAUUGGCUUCCUCAGAAACUUCCAUUUCUAUAGACUCAACUGAUCAAACAGGGACAUUGCUUAAGAAAAACGAUCAGAAUGUUCUGCAGGCUGAAGAUGUUCCCAAAGAUCUGGUUCCUACAUCUGUGGAAGAAAGCAAAAUUGACAAAUCAAAGUUAGAAGAAGACAAUAAUGUUGAGUCCAAGUCAGAAAUGGAGAUUGGUGCUUCAACUGUUAGCAGUGAGGAAACUGCAGUAGAGGGCAUGGAGACCCAGAGUCCAGAAGAACCUACCAAAGGCACUGAUGUCAAAGAAGAUGUUUUGGAAACUCACAAGCUCAAGAUUGAAAAUGAGGGCCAAACGAAUGACUUGAAACCAACUGAACCUUUAGAGAUGGACAUAAAUCCUCAGUCUAGUAAUGAAAAUGAACCUGCUGAAGAGCAUGUCCCUGCAGCUGUUGAAUCUGACUCCAUUCCAACCUUUGAUCCUGCCUCUGACCUACCCUCCACUUCUGAUCAGACAGUCAGUAAUUCAUCAGUCACAGUUACUUGUGCCUCAAACAGUCCUCAAAAGGUGCUUGAGCCCUUCCAGAUUGACGACAAUUCUCUGGACUUUCCUCCGGUUACGCAGGAGAUUUUGAAGGCCCUUGAAUUAGCUGUCCAUCAGUGUCGCUUACAGUCUUCACUAAAACGUGCUGAAGAAGAAGCCAGACAGAAGGCAGAAAUGGAGAAAAAAGCUGCAGAGAAGAAAACCGCUAAAGGUCCGUUGAGCUCAAAGAAGCCCGCUCAAGCAACCAAGAAGACUACUCAAGCGGAGAGCAAAAAGAUUCAGAACGAGAAAGAGAAAAAGUCUACGAUUUCUGGGUCAAAGAGUAAGCCUGCAGACACCUCGUCCCCAGAGAAAGAGCCAACAUCUAGACACAGGAGCAGGGGUAAUUCUGAAGAAGAUGGCCCUAGCACCAGGCGUGGGGGAUCUUCUGGGUCCUCCUCCUCACGGAGGAGCAGGCGGGAGUCCACUCCUCCAUCAAAGCAUUCAAGCCCUCCAUCAAAGCGUUUAAGGGGGCAUGAUGCUGAUCACAGGAGUCAUAGCAAAAACUCACAGCCUUCGAGGAGUCACUCAAAAACAAGGACAGCUGAAAAGGAAAAAGAUGAGGAACUGUUUCCAUUUAACAUUGAUGAGUUUGUGACCGUUGAUGAAGUAGGGGAUGAUGCAGAGGAGACUGUGGUCUCGUAUACCGAGUCUUCAGUCAAGGAUGAGAAGAUUGAGGAUGAACCCCAUUCCCACGACAUAGUCUCUCCUAUUGCUGAGUCAGAUCCAGCUGAUCAAACAAAACAAACUGACAAGAUUGUUGCUUCUAAGAUAGGAAAUCCUGAAGUUAUUGAAUGUGCAGAUAAAAUAGAAGCCAAUAUUGAAGAAACCACAUCAGCUGCAGAAGUUGUUGCAUCUCCAAAGCCAGAAGAGCAAGAGUCUCAGGAAGAGAUAGCCGAUGAACCACUGGGAACAGAUAGGAUGGAAACUGCCAUUGAGAACGAGACAACCAAGCCUUGUACUGUAGCAGAAAAUGCUUCAGCAGAGAUGGACAACAAUGUUGAGACCCUUCUAACCAUGAAAGAAGACCCUGACAUUGGGACCUUGGAUGAGUUAGAGCCAAGCGAGUCAGUUACUUCCUCUCCUUCACAGAAGGAACUCUGCCCACCAACGUCUGCAGAAACCUUAGAGAAAUCAGAAGAUGUACAUCCCGAGGAGCCCGAAACCUCUGCCCCAGUGAUGGACAAUAAUGAUGAGGCAACUGAGAUUCCAUCCCAUGAUGCAAUGGUCACUCUUGAUGAGGUCAGUGAGGGUGAGGAAGAUUUUCUCGAUGAAACAAAUGAGGAACAGCAUUCGAAGGCUGAUGAAGUGCCUGAGACACUUGUAACGGUUGAUGAGGUUGGAGAAGAUGAAAUGGGGUGUGAAGAAUACCAGCUGGACAAAGAACUUCAAGGCCUAGUUACACUGGAUGAGAUUGUUGAUGAAGAGGAGGAGUUUUAUUCAUUCAAUCCUGAGACUCUUGUAACCCUGGAUGAGGCCAAGGGUGAUGAUGAGGAGAACGAGGAAGUGGAGCAUAGUGAAGACAAGCCAACUACCCCAAGCACCACAACACCAAUCAUACCAGAAGAGCCUGUGAAAUCACCAAGCCAAGAAGAGGAUGCCUGUGACCUUGAAGAGCUCCGCAAGAUGAACUUUGUAACUGUGGACGAAGUUGGGGAGGAGGAAGAGGAACAACCACUCAGCGAAGAUGUCAAAGAGGAGAAGCAAGUUAAAAAGAGAGCUACAAGGGCCAAAAAGAGAACACGCCAGACCCCAGUGAGGAGAUCCACAAGAGGUAAAAGAGGAGCGACAAAGAUUGCUGAAGAAGCAGAGGAGCCCGAGACGAAUGCGGAGUGUGAACCAGAGGCAGCUGCUUCCGUAAGCGAGAGUCCUCCGGCAGCUGUCGAAUCCAUGGAUCUCGAGGUUAAGCCAGAACCGCAAAAAGCUGAAGCCGUGAAAGUUCCUGAAUCAUCGACUGCAGAGGUCUCUUCGGGGUCAGAAGAGGACAGGACGAGAGCUAAAGAUGAUGACUCUGCAAAGUCAGAAAGUGAUGCUGUUGACACACCAGUCUCUGACAGAAAAUCCUCUAUCAAAGAAGAGUCCAAGCAACGGCGGGAGAUGGAGCUGACACAGGAACCGGAGGCUAAGAAGGCCCGCUCUCAUUCCCCUCUGAUUGAAGACUUCACCUUGCCGCCGUUUAACCCAGACAAUCCCAUUGGCGUUGACUUUGUGGUACCCAAGACGGGUUUCUUCUGCAGACUCUGCUCUCUAUUCUAUGGCAAUGAGGAAACUGCUAAGAAAAGUCACUGUAGUAGCCUAAAGCAUUACCAGAACAUGGAGAAUUACUACAAGAAGCUCAAGUCUCAGAAGCAGGGGGGCUGCUCAGCACAGACAACGCCCAGUCAUAGUUCCUCUUCUGAAUAGCCCGUUAAGAGUUUUUAUCCUCUUUUUUUUUUUUUUUUUUUUUUUUUGUUAACAGAUGGGUCCAAUUGUUUUGUUGUAAAGUUUUAUUAAUUUUUCUUGUUUAGAAUGAAAUGCAUUGGCUCAUGCUAAAUAAAGGUAACAUAUAAUCAGA